GAAAAAGGGAAAGAAACACAUAGAUGAAGAAAAUGUCUUUAAAGGCCUUAAAUUCAAGAGAACAAACUGUCCAGAGUUCCACGAUGUGGCUAUAGAGUCUGAAGAUCAUGUCAACUUUCAUUGUCAUAAAUGCGUUCUCGUAGCUCAACUGGACUAUUUCAGAAGUAUGUUGGCAUGCGGAUGGCUCGAGACAAGCAAAGAGAUGAAGGUUUUAAACAUGCCAAUUCAUUCAAGUGUUCUUGAAAUUGUUCUGGACUAUCUUUACACCGAUGACACUAAAACCAUACAAGGCCAACAAGAUAUCGAGUUUGUUGGAAAUAUUUUAGUUAUAGCGGAUCAGCUUUUGAUUGGUCGUCUGACAGAGAUAUGUGAAUCAGUGAUGACUAAACUCAUUUCACACAAGAAUGCUAUUGAGCUGCUAGAGUUCUCCUGUGUUUAUAAUGCAAGUCAGCUGAAGGCGUCUUGUCUCGAGUUCAUCUGUUGUAACCUCAGUAGCCUUCUCGAGUCAGGAUUCCUCAAUCUUUUGUCUGAGGACACUCUGAACGAACUCUCCACUGCUUAUCGAGACAUGAUUUCCAGCAUGGCUUGGAGGAUGAUAACGCCUUCACACGAUCACCUAUCUUUCCUCUCACCCGAACUAUCUUCUUCUUCUUCGCCAAGAAAGCGACGAACGUCCAGCCGAAAACGGUCCGUAAAAAGUGAAAGCGAAGAAGAGACAGAAAAGGAUACCAAUGUUUCUGAGGAGAAGGUGCAAGAAAACGGGAAUCGAGAACAAAAACUGAGUGAAACAAACCAUGAAAGCGUUUUUGAAGUUGAAGAAAAUGAAGAAAACUUCAGAGAAAAAGAAAGUAAAACUAUUUUAAUGGAUUUAAUAACAACAAACACUGAAAAUAAGUUGGAUUCUGAAAAACUAAAUGACGAAGGGAAUUGGUAUCGAAAAGAGGAAGGAAAAAGCGAACAGCCCAAAACAUCGAAAUAUAACAAGAACCGAAGCUUAAAACAAGAGGAAAAUAUUAUAAAAUCUUCACCGAACACUUCAAAACCCCAAGAAAUUCCAAAACCCCCAAAACAGGACCUGCCGCCAACAAGGCCUGCGUGGGGAGUGAAUUUUACGAGCCCCUCAAGUCCACCAUCAAGUGACUUAAAAACCAUAAUGGAGCAAGAACAGUUGACCGUCCGAAAACAGGGAUCCCACUCAGAAACAAAUAAAAGCAAGACCAAUAGAUCGAUUAGGAUCGAACCAAAAUCAAAACAAUCCCAGAAACAGAAGAAAAAAGCACUUAAGAAUCAACAGCUUGACGUAACUGUUUCUCCUGAACCCGAAAAUGAGACGACGACAGGAGAAGCGAAGACAGAAGAGGCAAAAUCCAAAGUCAUAUGCAAUCCCUGGGGUUUACAAGAGAAAAAGCCAACGCCCGUGAGAUCGCUGCGUGAGUUAAUAGAACAAGAAGAAAAGUCUGCACAAUCAAUUCUACCGAAGACAACAGCCAACCUAUCGCCGAAAACGCUAAAUACCACUAGGAAAACAAACGAGAAAGGAAAAGUCGAGAAGACAAGCGGCGCCAAAAGGAAAAUAAGCUGGGGACUGCCUCAGGUAGAACAGAAAGCUAUGCCAGAACAAGAAGCAUCAGGCAAAGAACCCGCAGUAUCACCAAGAAGUGCCUGGUCGUCCAGCCCUAGUCCGGGUUCUCCUCCAUCGGCUUCCGUUUCGUUUGCGGAUAUUCUUCACCUUCAAGAACGUGAAAAUACUAAUCUAAACAGAGCGAAAGAAAAGCCACUCAGCUUAAUUCAACUCGAAGAUCGCGCAAUACAAGAAUUACUAGAGUACUACGGUGGUCGGGACUGCGCAUGCGAAAUAAUCACCGUUGAACGUGUCCCAGCAGCCACUGCGACACCAGUGUGGAACAGAGCAAGGACAGCGUCCGCGACAAGCACGUGAUAUCAAAUGGCUUCCGUAUACCAGUAGUGAUUGGUUGGUUUGCGUUCCUCGCUUUUUCAUUGGUUCAGAAUGCAACCCAUUUAAGAGUCACUUCUUGGCAUUUUUUUAUUCAUUGUUAUUUUUAACCAUGAAAUCUAAAAUUAUCUAUUUACUAGUAAAAACAUUUUUUUAGGUGAAUUGGUUACACAAUUUCGACUAAACAUUCUUUUUAAAUCGAAAAAUAGACAAAGAACAUUCCAUUUAUUAAAGCGAAUGUGGUCAAGUCAGGUCGUAAACAAUUUUGAAUUAUCACUCACAAAAAUAUACUUGUAAAAAGGGAAAAAUCUAGGGAAAGCUCAAAAAUUAUAUGCACUCUAUGGUUGUAAUUUUAAGGAUAUUUAUAUUUUAAAAACAUAUUACAAUGAAAAGUAAAGAAAUUUGUAUUUUA